AUGGUAGCAUCUUGGGGAUUUGACUCAGAUAAUGAUGAAGUUGAUGAAGCAGCACUCAUGUCUCUUGGAGAUUCAGACUUGGAGGAAGAAGAUGAUGCUUCUAAGGAAAGUUGCUCUCUCAAAAAACAGGUUGAGCAACUUGAUUUUUCAAAUAAUGAUCUUAAGUCUGAAGUUCUAAAAUUAACACAUUCUGAAAAAGGAAAAAAACAUCAAGACAUAUUUGAUGAAGUUGCUGCUGUUAAAUGUUCAUAUAUUCGCCGUUCGUCCUCACUUAAACUAGAAGCACAAAUCUUGACAACUCUCAAAGGUUGCCCGAACGUGGUCCAGUUUUUUGGAGCAGCCUUAAGCGUAGAUAACGGCAUUCCAACUUACAAUUUGUUUGUUGAAUAUGCAUGUGGUGGGUCUCUCCACGAUUUGAUCAUCAAUUCGAAGAAAGGAAUGAUGAAGAUGUCAGAAUUGGAAGUAGGUUUCUACACAUAUCAACUCUUAAAUGGUAUUCUACACGUCCACAAGAAAGGAUGGGUUCAUUGUGAUAUUAAACCCGCUAAUGUUUUGGUUUUCGAUAAUGAAUUGAAAUUGGCCGACUUCGGAUUGUCAUUGAGAGUUGGUGAUGGGAUGGCAUAUAAGACGGGACGUGCAUUGAGCAACUGUGGAACUCUACCUUAUGCACCGCCAGAAUCUUUGACGCACGGUUUUCAUUCCAAGGCUUAUGAUAUAUGGUCGCUAGGGUGCACCAUGGCAGAGAUAAUGACUGGGCAUCUCGUUUGGAUUAAUUGCAGCACUAAAGAUCUGCAGUGGAUGAUUAUGAAUGAAGAUCCCAUGAUUCCGACUAAUAUUUAAGAGAUAGCCAAAGAUUUUUUGGACAAGUGAUUCAUAAGGGACCCGCUAGGAAGAUGGACAUCUGAACAACUACUUCAACAUUCUUUUAUUCAGCAAGCUUUAUGCACUGCAUUAAUGUCAUUAAUGUCUGAAACAAGGGUUAAUCCUUUUGGUUGCCGAAUACCAAUUCCAGAGAAGGACUUCAUCAGUUUGCCCUUUGAAGUAGUUUAAAGAGAACGUAUCGAAUAGGAAGGCAACAACACUUAGUGUAUUAUAUACGGAGUAGACUUACUUAGUAGAAACCAAAUUGUGUAGUAAGUGUCAAAAAGAGUAAUAUAACAUCCAUUCUAUUCCUUAGCAGAAUCUCUUCAUAUGUAUUACUUUCUAUUAAUGUUAAUUAAUAUUCUUUUCAUCAUACAAAAGAGAUGGCUUUUGA